AUGAGAGAUAUUUUGAGAAAUUUUAUUUAUAAUUUAAUGGGUACAAAAUUUAAGUAUAAUUUCAGCCAGCCAGCCAGCCAGCCAACGAUCCAUCAAUCUUCUAUCUAGAGAAUGAUAAUAAUAAGGAGUUUUAUUCCAUAUUUGACCUCCUGUCCACCAAAUAAAAUAAAUCUUUUUCAUUUUUAAGUGUUAAUUUAACAGUAGCUUAAUUGGGCAAGAUUUACUUUAAAUAUAAAGAUAGAUACACGCCAAUCGAAAUAAAAUAGAUAGAUAUAUAGAUAGAUGGAAAAUUUAAUUUUUGCUAAGAUGAUUUUAACUUAAAAUAUUGUUUAGUAAAUAAAUGAACUAACAAUAAUAAAUAAGAUUAUAUUAUAAAAUUAAAUACUAACUUUUAUCUUUCUUGAUAUUUUUUUAUUUAAUUUUUAUAUUAAGAUUAUUUCAUUAGAAUUGCCUUAUGGGAAACGGUUCGUAUAAUCUUUUAGAUUGUCAAUCAAAAUCUUAGCAAAAACUUGUUUGUUUUUAAUUUUAUUUUCAGUGAUAUCUCAAUGCUAAUUAAUGAGGAAAGUUGAGUUUCUUCUAUUAUUAAUAGGCUUAAGUAACACUUAAUUUAUUACUUUAAAGAUUUCAAUCAAUUUGUUAAUUUCUUUCUUGUUUUUGUUUGGUUUUCCUUUAAGUUAUUAUCCUUAUUAUCCAAGUAACAUUUAUUUGCCUAUAAAGAAAUUUCUAACACAUAUUUUUUACACUUUUAUUAUUUAUAUUUUAAAAAUAUUUUAUUUUACUACGAUUUAAUUAAAGCCAGCGCACUCAAGCUAUCAAUCAAUUCCUUCUUCAGAUAAUUUAUUAUUUUCAGAGCCUUCUUUGCAGAUUCCACCCUAACCAAAAUCCUUAAAAGUUAGUUACUUUGCAGUUUUCAUUGAAAACGCCAAAUGA